AUGGGAGCAAUUUCUCAAUCGGUUUUCAAUCUCAAAAGUUCCUCUUGCUCUCUCAAGGACAUAGUUGUAAUGAGAGGAUACAUUUUGAUCAAAAAGGCUUCUCAAAGGGCAUAUGCAAUAGGAAGCAGCAGAGAGAAGCCAUCGUGGACAGCAGACGGUGAAACCGGAUACUACAGACCUGAAACUGUAGCAAAAGAGUUAGAUUCAUAUGUUGUGACAACCUCUAAAAGUGAAGUUAAAAUUAGGAGAGGUGAAGAGUUAUGGUGGAUGCCUGAUCCGCAAACCGGAUUCUAUAGGCCUGACACUUUUGUGAGAGAGCUCGAUGCCGUUGAGCUACGGUCAAUGCAUUCCAACUACCGAGAAUAAAAAAGAUCUUGUGAGCUAAAUGAUCUUUACAUGUGUGGUUUCUUUCUGAUUCUAGUUCAUCAAUUUGACGUGUGAACAUAUAACUAUUGGCAAAUGAUUAUUUGCCUCGCAUGCUUCUUCUCAUUGAUAUUGAUCAGCCGUACUGACUUUAUCUAGCAAGUAG